CCGAACGAGAAAAAAAAAACUUCAAGUCACUUUUCUGAAGGAAGUCUAAUUGAAAACGUCGUCGUGAACAUUCACCAUAGAUAAACUCCAUUUAAAUCGAAACGCAAUAAGAAAAUGUCGACAAAAGCAGUUUGUGUAAUCAGCGGAGAUGUUAAGGGAGUCGUAUACUUCGUCCAGAAUGGUGACAGUGUCUCUGUGACUGGCGAAGUCACCGGUUUGGCACCCGGCUUGCAUGGAUUCCACGUCCAUGAAUUCGGCGACAACACGAACGGUUGCAUGUCGGCCGGACCCCAUUUCAAUCUCAACAGUCAGGAACACGGUGGACCCACUGAUGCGGUAAGACAUACCGGCGAUUUGGGAAAUGUUGAGGCCAACGAUAAUGGGGUGGCCAAAGUCGACAUUACCGAUAAGCAAAUUUCGUUGGUCGGUGAUAGUAGCAUCGUUGGCCGUACGGUGGUCGUACAUGCCGAUGUGGAUGAUUUGGGCAAAGGUGGACAUGAGCUUAGCAAGACAACUGGCAAUGCAGGAGCUCGUUUGGGAUGUGGUGUCAUUGGCAUUUGCAAGGCUUAAGUUGCAAUAACGUAAAAUACAAAAAUGGGUGGAAGAGAUGCAUUUCGAAUUUUCCGUUUUGUUAUGAGAUUAGCACAUAGUCAUGGAUCAUGGGAUCAAAUCACUUUCCUUUUUUAAAAAAAAACUUUUUUUUGUCUGUCGAAAUGAACACAUGAAAAUAAAUGGAUUCCCUUCACU